UCAGUGAAAAAAAAUUGUGUCAUUUUAUUGUUUAGUGAUUUUUUUAUUGAAAAAAUAUGUUUACUUUAUUUUCUGGUCUCUCGACUUAUCUCACUCACCGACAGUCAACUGUCAUCGACAACAAUAUCUUUAAACUUCAUUACAUCUAUACAUUUGUUAUACUAGUGGCCUGUAGUAUAGUAGUCACCGCCUUUCAACAUUUUGGUAAUCCCAUAUACUGUCACUCAGAGGGAUCAAAGAUAGAAACAAAAUUAUUGAACGGGUAUUGCUGGACAAGGAGUACGUUUAGUGUGGUGAGCGCCUGGAAUAAAAAAAUAGGGACAGCCGAGGAGGGAGGACUAAUACCUUAUCCAGGCAUUGAUAACUCGCGAAAAUCUAAAAAUGAAAAACUUGUCUACCAUUCCUACUAUCAAUGGGUGGGAUUUGUUUUGUUCAUACAGGCCGUCAUGUUCUACAUUCCCAGAUAUAUAUGGAAGACAUAUGAAGACAAUCACAUCAAAAAUAUAAUUUUAGGUUUAGAUCAACCCAUUUGUCCCGAAGACGUCAAAAAGUCUAACCGAGCUAUACUUGUCCGAUAUCUGGCCGAUAGUCUCAAUAAUAAUAAUCUAUUAUUUCGGACGUAUGUCUUAACCGAAUGUCUAAAUUUAAUUAACGUUUGCAUUCAAAUGAAACUGAUGGACAACUUUCUGAGCGGUCAGUUUAGCACUUAUGGAUGGAAAGCGUUAACAUUAUCCAAUUGGGACGGAGAGAUCAGAGACGAUCCUAUGAUACGGGUAUUCCCGAGAAUUACUAAAUGUAUAUUUUAUUUGUUUGGUUCGUCCGGUGAUGUCGAGAAAAAGGACGCUCUCUGUCUUUUACCCAUUAAUAUAGUCAACGAAAAGAUUUACAUAUUUUUGUGGUUCUGGUUCUACCUGUUGUUCAUUAUCACUGUCAUAGGACUUACCUAUAGAACUGUCCUAAUAUGUGUUCCCCGGUCUCGCUAUCUCUCAUUAAAGACCCGGUGCCUCACAAAUCAUGACUCACUGUAUGCACUGUGCAAACGGCUAUCAAUUGGCGAUUGGUUUGUAUUGACGAUGUUAUCCAAAAACUUGGAUCGCAUUAACUUCAGAGAUGUUGUCGUCGAACUGUCCGAUAAUUUGUAUCAAAAAGCUUAAACUUUUUUUUUAGAAAAAAAAUAUUUUAA